AUGGCUUCACAAGAGGUUGUUGUGUCUCGAUCCACAAGCAUGGCUGCUUUGGGCUUGAAAUGUCCGAUGAUGGUUUUGGCAGGAAAUUCACACCCUGUCCUUGCCCAGCUUAUUGCAGAUCGACUUGGAAUUAAACUUGGUGAUAUGAGAGUUUAUCAUAAAACAGACAGAGAAACUAAUGUUGAAAUUAAAGAAUCUGUACGAGGCAAAGAUGUCUACAUCAUUCAAACAGGAACUAAAGAGGUGAACAAUGAUAUAUGGGAACUGAUGAUCAUUGCUUACGCUUGUAAAACAAGCUGUGCCCGUAACAUUGUUGGAGUGCUUCCCUACCUUCCAUACUCACAGCAAUGUAAAAUGCGAAAAAGAGGAUCUAUUGCUUGCAAGCUGUUGGCCACUAUGCUUUCCAGAUCAGGUCUCACGCACAUCAUCACCAUGGAUUUACACCAGAAAGAAAUUCAAGGUUUCUUCAAUGUUCCUGUUGAUAACUUGAGGGCAUCCCCAUUUUUGAUACAGUAUAUUGUUGAAUCGAUUCCUGACUACCGAAAUGCUGUGAUAGUAUCUCGAAACCCUAAUUCUGUGAAACGUGUUACCUCUUAUGCUGAGAGACUUGGUUUAGCCAUUGCUGUUAUUCAUGGUGAAGAGAAGAUGGAAGGAAGUGGAGAAGAUGGUAGAAAUUCUCCACCUUUGCCCAGCCAAGACCGUGGCCGACUUACUUAUGGACUUGAGUAUUUGCCAAUGUUACAAGCCAAAGAGAAGCCACCCUUGAAUGUGGUUGGUGAUGUGGGUGGACGUAUUGCUAUUAUUGUUGAUGACAUUGUUGAUGAUGUGAAAUCUUUUGUGAAGAUAGCUGAAGCAUUAAAAGCAAGAGGAGCCUACAAGAUUUAUGUGAUGGCAACCCAUGGCCUUCUUUCCUCAGACGCCCCAAGACUCAUUGAUGAUUCCCCUAUUGAUGAAGUUGUAGUGACCAACACUGUUCCACAUGACAUCCAGAAGCUUCAGUGUCACAAGAUCAAGACGGUGGAUGUGAGUAUGAUGCUGGUUGAGGCUAUUAGACGUAUCCACUAUGGAGAAUCCAUGUCGUACCUCUUCAAGAACAUUGGCUAUGAUGAUUAG